CCGGUGUGUGAAACACGCCAGACUCAUGUCGCUCACGCAAACCGACGCUCGCAAACACGACCCUGGUCAACCACCGAGGAGGAUGAUUAAGUUACCCAACUUUUUAGUUGGAGCAAGGAUGGUGAACCGCAACGAGAGGAGAGCCGUUGCCUGCGUCCUAUUGGCUGUGACGGCGGUCGUCGCGGCCGCAUCAUAUGACCGAGAACGACUCGAAAUUGCCAAGCAAAUUCUAGAAGAAGUCCCUCUAACAGACGGGCACAACGAUUUACCAUGGAACAUUCGCAAGUUUCUGCGCAAUCAGAUCAACGAAUUCGAACUGGAUACCGAUCUCACGCAAGUGGCCCCUUGGUCCAUUUCAAAAUACUCUCACACCGAUCUGCCCCGUCUCAGGGAAGGCAUGGUCGGAGCUCAGUUUUGGUCUGCCUUUGUACCUUGCGCAACUCAGAACAAAGACGCCGUACAACUUACCUUGGAACAGAUUGAUGUUAUACAACGCCUAGUUGAAAAGUACCCUCAACAUCUGCAACUUGCAACAUCUGUCACAGAUAUUCUUGAGGCUCACAGUGCCAGGCCACGUAAGAUCGCCUCUCUCAUUGGCAUCGAAGGCGGUCAUUCCAUCGCCAACUCUCUCGGGAUUCUCCGGACUUACUAUCAACUUGGAGUACGCUACAUGACAUUAACGCACACCUGCAACACUCCAUGGGCCGAUUCCGCGAACGAACCUCCCGCUGCGAAUGGACUCACUGAAUUCGGAGAGAAAGUAGUACGUGAAAUGAAUCGUCUCGGCAUGUUGAUUGAUCUGUCACAUGUGGGGGAGAACACGACCCGUGCUGCGAUGCGACUUUCAAAGGCCCCUGUUAUCUUCAGCCAUUCGUCCGUUUAUAAUCUGUGUCCCCAUAAACGGAAUGUUCCUGACGAUAUCAUACAAGCACUGAAAGAAAACGGCGGUCUUAUCAUGGUGAACUUCUUCCCUGAUUUUGUCAAGUGCUCCCCGAACGCUACUUUGUCGGAUGUUGCUGAACAUUUCCAUUAUAUCAAGAGGAUGAUUGGCGCUGACUACGUGGGUGUCGGUGGUGAUUUCGAUGGAGUGAACAGGGUGCCUCGUGGAUUGGAAGAUGUGUCGAGAUAUCCCGAAUUAUUUGCCGAGCUAUUGCGAAGUGGACAGUGGAGUGUUCAGGAACUGAAGAAUCUCGCCGGUCUUAAUAUGAUGCGUGUAAUGCGACAAGUUGAGAAGGUACGUGACGACCUGCGCACUAAUGGAAUUGAACCUGAGGAACACCCUGAUUCUCCAACCGAUAACGGCAACUGUACGAGCAAUGCUUUCUACAUGGAAGAUGUUGUUUAAAAUUACUUCAUAGACGUACUCAACUUACAUAUAUAUAUCUAAAUGAACCAGAACAUUACUUGAACUAUGAUGUUCAUAACAAAAACUAUUAAUAUUGUUUAAUGCUUGAUCGCAUUUAUUAACCAUACAAAAAUCAUUUUGAUAGAUGUACGUAAGUUAAGUACGAACGAAUAUCGAUAUGCAAUCAAAACAAAAUCAUUUCAACGAUGUUUAUUGAUUGUAAUUAAUGUAUUUCAUAUUAUAUGUGUUUCAAAAUAAUUGUGGGGAGAAUCAGUUCGGCAUCAAGGGAGACUUCUCUACGUCUCGGGUGAAGAUAUUUUAGGAAGCGAUAUACAGCUAUCUCAUUCCAUAAUUUACAAUAAACCGAUGUAGUCGAUUCAAUACUUAAACGAGCGUUUUGUAAAAAGGAAAUCGAUUACUACACGUUUCCAGUCGUAACUCAUUGUGUAUGGAUAACAAUAUGUCAAAAAAUGGAAUUAAACUUUUCUUUUUUUUUAGAACAAGCGACGAAACGUAAAAAUUAUUGCCAAGGAAUGAGAUAGUUGAUCUUAUUACAAUAUUUAACCGCAUAUAACCAUUAGAAUCUGAUAUAAAUGUUUGAGUGUUGUAGACAUAUGGUAGAUGUUGUAAAAGCACUGUCUCACUGUCUGUCGAAAACUUUGUCAUUGAUAAACUUUCCGUGUCUCAUAUCGCCCUUCUUGACUCUAUCAUCGUCUCAUAAUGGCUCCGUGACCACGAAUAUUAUGAUAAAUUGAAUUAAAAAUACGAAUUUAAAUUAGUUAUAUUUAAAUUCAACUACAUCGAUUGAAUUGGGACAAUUUGAUGUUUCAUUUAUUGAUUCGUAUUAAAGAAAAAUUUAAUUUUGGAAUAAUUAAAAUUAAAAAACGUAUUAAAAUGUAAUUUUAUUUACACGUUUAGUAAAGAAUAAUAUGGUACGAUGUAAGAAUGUAGGUAGUGAAUAAAUUUUUAACGAUAUUAAAAAUAUUAACGAAUAACAUUUUUAUACUUAAGAGUAUCAAAAAUUAACUUAUUUUUUUAAGGAAUUGAGUGCCAAAUACGGACGCCAUUGGAUUUGUUCUUGUUUUUUCUCUCUUAUUUCUAAACUAAUGAUAACAUUCGACGAUUUAGAAAGAAUUUCGUCGUUCUAUAGUUUCAAAUAGAUUUGAGCAACUUAAAUUAUCUUCUAAUAUACUUAUCAUUACUGUAUCAUCAUAUAGUUUUAAUAAACAGUGCUGACUCAUUUUAAAAGCCUCCUUAAAAUAAUCAUAUAUUAUAUAAGUAGAUUAAAUUGCUGUGUAGUUUUCUGUAAUAGAUAAAUUAAACAAGUACUUACGUCAAAUAUCUACGCAUUUACACGUAUGCAUUCAUAAUGUUUUAUCUUCUUCGAACAUUUUUUUGUCUAUUAUAAUUAAUAUAUAUUUUUAACUUGAUACAUAAGUACCCUUACUUAUAUAUUAUAUGCUAAGUAUGUGUGAGACUUCACGGAUAUUUAUAUUAAUAUGUAAGUUCUUUUUAUAAUGAUGUCGACGUAAGCAUUAUCAAUUGGCCUAUUGUUUUUACUUGUUUAGAAUUUUUUUAAAAUGAACGUAUUAUGAAAUUCUUUAAGGUCUAAUUGCGUCGACAUGUUCUCGUUUUUUGUUUUUCAAGACUUAUUUGUAAGCUUCACUACCAUCUGUAAUUAUCUAAUUUUAUUAAAUCCCUUAAGUUUCAAAACUAUUCAAAAUACCGACUUCAGCCGGAUCUAUACAAGUAUAUAAUUUCAGAAUUACUCGGGAUUGAUACUUUCAUAUGAAAAAAUAAUAAUAUUAAAAAAAAUAACUAUGUUGAAUUAAAAAUUUAAACAAAAAUAGAAAAUAAUAUGUAUUUGUUUUUUUUUUUAUCAAGAAAUAAAUAACGAUCUUUCUUGAAGUCAGAUUAAAAUCCGAAUUUACACCAGCAAUGACUAUUCGAUACUACAAAUCGAUUUCAAAAACAUUCGGUAUAUAUUAUCACAGCUUUAAGAAUAUAUUAAAACUUUAUAAAAAAUGUAAUCUACUAAAAUUCGAUUACAUACCGAAUCUUUUAAAGGCAGAUGAUUCCAAAGAAACAUUCCGUAUAUAUUUUCGUACCUUCAUUGAUAUUUUGAUAUGAACGUAUAUGUCUAUACGACAAUAAAUCAUUUCGUAUUCGGUCGGAAAAUCCGCUUAUUCCUUUAUUGUUACGUAAAAAGUAAAAUUUAUUGAUCAUUAUUAUAGUUUAAUACACCAACCUAAAAACUGAAUUAUAGAUAUUACCUCAGACACUAAACACCUAAAGUUAAGAACGUAUAAAAUUGUUCCCAAAACUCAACUACGCAGGUUUGGAUGAAAUAUUUAAUAUAUGAAUAUAAAAAAAAAUCAUGAAAAAGGAAUAAGCGAGAUUUAAUCUCGAUCUCAAUUGAGCUGUGACUCUUGUAAUUAACGAUAUCGGGGUAAAAACGACUAUUUCUUAGAAAUUACGACUGAAAACUUUUCGAACGUAUAUUAUCUAGCAUUAUUAUUGUCGCGUCUGGCUGUUAUUUUGUAAUUGGUUUUGAAAUGUAUUUUAUUAUAAUGUCUUUUUGCACAAGCACCCAGCUGUUACAUGUAUUUGACUUAAAUAAAAUAAAAUAAAGUCUUGUACUUACACUGAAUGUAUA